CUGAAGAGAGAGAAAGUAAGCAUAACACAAUGGCGACCUCGCUCUCCUUUUCGCCGUCUCUCUCUCUCAACACUCUCUUCUUCGCCAAAACCUUCCCACUUUCUCGCCCUUCCUUUCUCCCUCUCUCCAAAUCCCUACUCUCUCUCUCCACGCGCCGCCGCACCUUCGCCGUCCGCGCAGAGUCGCAGAACGGCGUCGACGCCGCCUCCGCCAAUUACGACUUCGACCUAUUCACCAUCGGCGCUGGCAGCGGCGGCGUCCGCUCGUCUCGCUUCGCCGCCAAUUACGGCGCUUCGGUUGCCAUCUGUGAGCUUCCUUUCUCCACCAUAUCUUCCGAUACCACCGGAGGAGUCGGCGGAACGUGUGUAAUACGAGGAUGCGUGCCAAAGAAGUUGCUGGUUUAUGCGUCAAAAUUUUCUCAUGAAUUUGAAGAAAGUAAUGGUUUUGGAUGGAGGUAUGACAGUGAGCCCAAGCAUGAUUGGAGUAGUUUGAUAGCUAAUAAAAAUGCUGAGUUGCAACGUCUUACUGGCAUCUACAAGAAUAUUUUGAAUAAUUCUGGUGUCAAGCUGAUUGAAGGCCAUGGAAAGAUUAUAGAUCCUCACACGGUUGAUGUCAAUGGGAAGCUAUAUUCAGCCAAACACAUUUUAGUUGCUGUUGGAGGUCGCCCCUUCAUUCCUGACAUUCCUGGAAAGGAAUAUGCAAUAGAUUCAGAUGCUUCCCUAGAUUUAGCAUCAAAACCUGAGAAAAUAGCUAUUGUUGGUGGUGGUUACAUUGCCUUGGAGUUUGCUGGUAUCUUUAGUGGUUUGAAAAGCGAGGUUCAUGUAUUUAUACGGCAAAAGAAGGUUUUACGGGGAUUUGAUGAAGAGAUUAGAGAUUUUGUUGCAGAACAGAUGUCUCUGAGAGGUAUUGAAUUCCAUACUGAGGAGUCUCCCCAAGCUAUUACGAAGUCAGCUGAUGGCUCAUUCUCUUUAAAGACCAACAAAGGUACAGUGGAUGGUUUCUCACAUAUUAUGUUUGCUACGGGACGCAGACCUAAUACUAAGAACCUAGGGCUGGAGUCCGUCGGUGUGAAAUUGGCUAAAGAUGGAGCAAUAGAGGUUGAUGAAUACUCUCAAACAUCAGUUCCUUCAAUUUGGGCAGUUGGAGAUGUCACAAACAGGAUAAAUCUCACCCCUGUUGCUUUGAUGGAGGGAGGGGCAUUAGUAAAAACGCUGUUUCAAGAUAACCCAACAAAACCUGAUUAUAGAGCUGUUCCUUCCGCUGUAUUUUCUCAACCACCAAUUGGACAAGUUGGUCUUACUGAGGAACAGGCUGUACAACAAUAUGGAGAUAUUGACAUCUACACUGCAAAUUUUAGGCCGCUUAAGGCUACUCUCUCUGGGCUUCCUGACCGAACUUUUAUGAAAUUAGUAGUCUGUGCAAAAACAAAUGAAGUUAUAGGUUUGCACGUGUGUGGAGAAGAUGCUCCUGAAAUUGUUCAGGGGUUUGCUGUCGCUAUUAAAGCUCGCUUGACCAAGGAUGACUUUGAUGCCACUGUAGGCAUUCACCCAAGUGCAGCAGAGGAAUUUGUUACCAUGAGGACUCCCACCAGAAAGAUUCGAAAGAGUGAAUCUUCGGAGGGAAAGUCGGGCUCUGAAGUAAAAACUGCAGCAGGGGUUUAGCAAUAUUACUCAGCUUUAAUUGUUAUAGUUGAAGAAACCAGCCAGUGCCUCAAGGUUAUAUCUGAAAUUAAAUUAGUGUGGAUGUCAAGUUGUUGGGAAGAAAUUCUGAAGGAUCUGCAGCAACUGAGUUUUCAGGACAAUACAUGGAAUAUGCCGUUGAGGACGCCAGUAAUGGUUCUCUAGUCUUGCAAUGUAAUUAUUACAGUUGGGAUCCUGGAAAAGGCGAGUGGAAUUUUGGGUACCAUUAUUUGCCAUCUGUAAUUUAACUCAUUUACCAUUUCCAAUCCUUUCAUGUACAAAAAUAAGAGGGAAAUCCAUGAGGGAGUUUGAUUUUAAAUAAUCUGUGUCGAAUGUGAAGUAGCUGGAAUUGAGACAAAAAAUAAUAAUAAUAAUAAUAAUAAUGUCAGCAUGUCAUUUUUGUUUUCUAUUA